AUGGAAGCCGUGCGAGGGCAGCGUGCCGCCUCCCCGCUUCGAGUGACUUCGCGCCGUCUCUUCGCCAAUGCGGGGGCCACCCCUCCGCCCAGCUCCGGCGGCGGCGGCGGCGGACAUGCGGGCUUAUGGAGCCGCCUGCUGCGCGAUCCGGCGUUUGGGGUUUAUUGGGAAUUGGCUGGGGCAGCCACGGGUUUCUCGGCCUGGGUGGGCUACACCUACUACACCGACCCCCCCUUCCGCACGCGCCUCAACGACUUCUGGGCCUCCCUCUCCUCUUCCUCCUCCCCCUCGCCGUCGCCGCCCACCACCACCACCACCGCCGCCUCACCAAAGCCAUUGGUGACCCACGAGCAACAGGAGCAGGAGCAGGAGCAGGAGCAGCAGGCGGGGGACAACGCACCAGCUGCCGGUGCGCCGCUCUUGGCCGCGCAGGUCCAUGGCACCGCCUUUGGCUCCGCGCUCGAGAGGAGCGGAUUCACCGAAGCACAAAUUAUUGAGUCGCUCGCGGACAAUAAUAAAACUGAAUAG